GCUUUAGCCCCGCUGUUUGCAGAGCGAGGCGAGGAAGAAGGACGUCGAUCGAGCUCUGCGGGCGCUUUGAGUUGUGGUGAAUCGCUGGGAAACCAACUCCUCCGCAAAGACUAUUGUCGUUAGCCAUGACUGUCUGUGGCCUUGUCACAAACUCUCAGGAACCUGUGCCCUUGAAGAGCAUCUCUGUGGAUGUGGUGGUCCGAGGCUUUGUGGCUGACGUGGUGUCUGAGCUUCGCUACCAGAAUGAGGAGAAGUCUCCAGUGGAGGUCGUGUUUGUCUUCCCUCUGGAUGAUGAAGCUGCCGUAUAUGCCUUUGAGGGCCUGAUUGGUGGGACGCGGAUUGAGGCCCAGAUCCGAGAGAAGAAACAGGCAGAGCAGGAAUAUGAGGAUGCCUUGAGUGAAGGCCGGCAGGCUUUCCUGCUUGAAAGGGAAGCAAACACCAGUGACAUUUUCACCUGCAGCCUGGGUAACCUCCCUCCCAAUGGGGAGGCCACGCUGAAGCUCUCCUAUGUCCAGGCUUUGGCUCCAGAGCCUGACGGGGCCAUCCGCUUUGUCCUGCCCGCUGUCCUCAACCCCCGCUAUGCACCUCAGGGUUCAGAAGGGGGCAAUGUCACCAAGAGCAUACCACGACUGCCCAAGGGGCAGCUGCCCUACACUCUCAGCCUCAGUGCCACACUGGAGUCACCUUAUGGCAUCAACCGUGUGGAGUCCAAGUGCACCCUUGAGCCCUUGCGCUACACGGCAGAAGAUCGUACGAUUGCCCAGGUCUCCUUGGCUGAAGGGCACCAGUUUGACCAGGACGUGGAACUGCUGAUAUAUUACAAGGACAUUCAGAAGCCCAGCGCCCUCCUAGAGGCUGGGAUGCCUGGGACUGCCCCAGGCUCUCUGAUGGGGGACCCAGCACUUCUGCUCACCCUGUACCCCAGUGUCCCUGCCCCAAAACCAGGCCAGAAAGCAACUGGAGAAUUUCUCUUCCUGCUGGACCGCUCUGGAAGCAUGGGUACCUGCACCGAUCCGGACCCUUCUUCCCCAAGGCGGAUUCAGAGUGCCAAGGAGACCCUGAUUUUCUUGCUGAAGAGUCUCCCUCUGGGAUGUUACUUCAACAUCUAUGGAUUUGGAUCGACCCAUGACUCAUUCUACCCGCAGAGUGUAGAAUACACCCAGGAGACCAUGUCCAAGUCCCUCCAACGGGUGAAGGAGCUGCAAGCCGAUCUGGGCGGCACAGAGAUUCUGCGGCCACUGAAGGCCAUUUACAGCCAGCCGUGCCGGGAAGGAUAUCCUCGCCAGCUCUUUGUGUUCACGGAUGGAGAGGUGUCUAAUACAGAUGAGGUCAUUGCUGAAGUUGGACGUCACAGCAGCUCCCACAGGUGCUUCUCCUUCGGCAUUGGCGAAGGGGCCUCCACAGCCCUCAUCAAAGGCAUUGCCCGUGCGGCCGGAGGCAGUGCUGAAUUCAUCACAGGCAAGGAGCGCAUGCAGGCCAAGGCCCUGCAGUCUUUGAAGAAGGCCCUGCAGCCAGCGGUGACAGGGAUCUCUCUGAGCUGGGACUUGCCUCCUGGUCUGAAGGCUGAGCUUGUGGGGUCAGGCCCACAAGUCAUCUUCCAGGGGCAGCGCUGCCUCAUUUAUGCCCAGAUCCGUGGGCAGCAUCAGUCUUCAGGCUCCACAGAAGGGACUGUUGUUCUUCAGUACCUGUUCCAAGACCAGACUUUCAAAGAAACGUUGGGGUUCUCACUUACUUCUCAGGAGACUGACAGGCUCCCUGUUCACCGUCUGGCAGCUCAGACCCUCCUGAAAGAACUGGAGGGCACUGGGGAGAAGGAAGAGGAAAAGCAGCGUCUGGCACUGGAGACGAGCCUGAGCUCUGGGGUGGUGUGCUCGCAGACGGCCUAUGUGGGAGUGAACAAAGAGCUGGGCACAGCACUUCAAGGGCCUCUUGCCCACCGCAACAUCCCCCUUGCAUGCUUUGCAGAAUGUGCACCACCUCCACGCAGUAGAUUUUCACCAAGGCUGAAUGCGUGUCACAGCCCGAUGGAUUUCUCCCCGAUGGAUUCCUCCCCUCCUCCUCCUCCCAUGCCACCUUAUCUUGACAUUGCUAAGUACCCAGUCCGUGGUGGAAUGGCACUAGGCUAUGCACAAUGUGCACCUCUACGCAGUAGACUUUCACCAAGGCCGAAGGUGUGUCGCAGCCCGAUGGAUUCCUCCUCUCCUCCUCCCAUGCAAAAUUAUCUUAACAUUGCUAAGUACCCAGAUCAAGCUAGUGGUGCAAGAGCAAUCAAGUGCGAACGAGCUGUACCAAAGAAAAUCAUGUGUUGCUUUCUAAGGCAGUCACCACCACCUCCUCCUCCUGCCAUUCACAAUUCUCCCUCUGCUAAGUCCUCAGAGCCCACUCCCAAGGAAAAGGAAUCACCUCUCUUGAGCUUGGUGUCUCUGCAAAAUGCUAAUGGCUCUUGGCCACUUGAUUCUGGUCUGGCCAACAUCCUAGGCCUGAGUGAGGCUGAGAUCUCAAGCAAAUCACCUGCCCAGGUGACCCCAGAUGCAUGGGCGACUGUGCUGGCCCUUCUCUGGCUCCACUCCAGGGCCACAGGCCAGAGGGAUGAAUGGGAAUUACUGGAAUAUAAAGCUCUCAUCUGGCUCCAGGCGACUGCAGGGUCUCAGCUGGCUGAGUGUGUGAAGGCUGGCAAUGAGAUGCUGGGCAGCAGCGUGAGCCCAGAGGCUUUGGGGGUCUGAGUUUGGCUCUGUAGCCUUGUGCUUUUUAAAACAGGAGUUUCUGCUCCACUCUUCUUUUCUCCUGCUGCCAAAGUAUAGCUGGCUGCCUUCUCAUAAGGCUCUUGUCAGUCCCUGAGCUGUGCAGUUCCUUCUGAUUCCUCUGUGUCUUCACUGCAAGAAGUGCUGGAGUUUCCUCUCAUAUGGAGAUGCCUUAUAUUGGUCUGGUGUGCUUUAAGCCAGCACUCUGUGCUAGUGAGGG